AUGAAUCCUACGAAGCGUUCGGUGACCGUUUGCGCACCCAUUAACAUAGCGUUGAUCAAAUAUUGGGGCAAGCGAGCCGGUGACAUGAUUUUACCGCUAAACGAUUCAAUCAGUGUUAAUGUCGAUGCUCUAUGUGCCAAAUCAACCGUAGAGGCGUGUUACGGUGAAGGGCUGAGCGACAGCGUGUCUUUGAACGGGAAGGAGCGACCUGUCGACCCGCAAACGCGUUAUUAUAGUUUUUUCGCACGGUUGCGGGCCAUUUUGCAAUCCCGUGAUCCAUCCAUGGACGUGACCAAGUGGCAUUUUCACGUCACAUCCGAGACGAACUUUCCCGUCAGUGCUGGCCUUGCUUCGUCGGCAGCCGGAUUCUCGGCGAUGGCUUUCGGAAUAGGACAGUUAUUCGAAUUUGACAAUCAAACCAUGUCUGACCUCGCGCGAGUCGGUAGGUUUAUCCUUUUAUUAUUUCAUCCAUUUUCGUUCAGACUGGAUUACAACAACAAAGAUUUAGUUUAACG